UUUCAUUCCCGUUCCGUAGUGCCCCCGUGCGGCCUUAUGGGUAGCUCCCACGUUCUGUACUCUUUCAGUUCUAGGGUCUGCAAGAAUUUCACUAGCUACCAACCUGCUGUCCAGACGUUUCCCUUGGCUGAAUCGCGGCGGUUUCUCCGCCUUAUCCGACCGGAGGAACAGUGAAGGGAGAACUAACGGAGCGUCUAUGCUAAGGUCGCUCUUCUUGUAUUAAUGAAGAACUCAUGAUUAUCUUGUGAGGAAUUUGUGAAGAUCCUGUAAGGAACCUGUGAAGGUCCCAUGAAAAUUUCUUGUGGAUUCUGUGAAGAUCUGCUGAGGAUCCUAUAAAGGACACGACGAUUCCAUCACUUUUAGUCUUUAAAAAGGAAGGUGAUACAUCAUGUCAGGAAGGGCUUUAAGAACCUUGUUGUAAUGGAUAUUUCGAAUCGACAAGGCUUCAAAUGGGUAUUGAUGGUAUGUAUUCUUCCUAUUAGAAAUCAAUAAGCUCAGCAAGCAGAAGAGGUCUUUUUAGGCACAUGGGGGAAUGCGGCAGCCAACAAUAUGACAAGAUUAGCGAAGAAGAAGAAUCCUCAACAUCAAAAAAUGUUAACAAAGUCUCCAUUGUCCCUCUCAUUUUCUUAAUCUUCUACGAGGUCUCCGGCGGCCCUUUCGGAAUCGAGGACAGCGUUCAAGCUGCAGGCCCUCUUCUCUCCAUUAUCGGCUUUCUAUUCUUUCCGGUAAUAUGGAGCAUUCCAGAAGCUCUCAUUACCGCCGAACUAGGCACAAUGUUCCCCGAAAAUGGCGGCUAUGUAGUCUGGGUCUCUUCAGCUUUGGGUCCCUUCUGGGGCUUCCAGCAAGGUUGGAUGAAAUGGCUAAGUGGUGUGAUAGAUAAUGCUCUCUAUCCAGUUCUGUUUUUAGACUAUCUGAAGUCUGGAAUUCCAGUCCUAGGAGGAGGACUAACAAGAACAGCAGCUGUGUUGAUUCUAACUGUCGGCUUGACUUACAUGAACUACAGAGGCCUCACUAUAGUUGGAUGGGUUGCUGUAUUUUUAGGAAUUUUCUCGAUCCUUCCUUUCGUCGUGAUGGGGUUCGUUGCUAUCCCGAGAUUGAAUGUUUCACGGUGGUUAAUGGUGGAUUUAAGCAACGUUGAUUGGAACCUUUACUUGAACACCCUCUUCUGGAACUUGAAUUAUUGGGACUCAAUCAGCACUUUAGCAGGAGAAGUCCACAAUCCAAAGAAAACCCUACCGAAGGCAUUACUGUAUGCUUUGAUAUUAGUAGUCCUCGGGUACCUUUACCCUCUUCUAACCGGCACCGGCGCCAUCCCCGUUGAUCGCGAACUAUGGGUUGACGGUUACUUUUCCGACAUUGCUAAAAUACUUGGCGGCGUUUGGUUGAGUUGGUGGCUGCAGGGGGCUUCGGCGCUAUCAAACAUGGGAAUGUUCGUUGCGGAAAUGAGCAGCGACUCGUACCAACUUCUCGGCAUGGCAGAGAGAGGGAUGCUUCCUGAGUUCUUCGGGAGGAGAUCCCGGUACGGAACGCCGGUGAUCGGAAUCCUUUUCUCUGCCUCUGGUGUGUUAUUGCUCUCAUGGCUGAGCUUCCAGGAGAUUGUUGCGGCGGAGAAUUUUCUCUACUGUUUUGGAAUGAUUUUGGAGUUCGUGGCAUUCGUGAGGCUGAGAAUGAAGCGGCCGGAGGCACCUCGGCCUUACCGAAUUCCGCUGGGGACUGUCGGUUGCAUUUUGAUGCUCAUCCCCCCUACAAUUCUGAUAAUUGUGGUUCUGGCUUUCGCUUCAUUUAAAGUUAUGGUUGUGAGUCUAUUUGCUAUGAUGGUUGGGUUCAUUUUGCAACCUUUUCUGAAUUAUGUUGGGAGGAAUGGAUGGUUGAGGUUCUCACUGAGCUCUGAUCUGCCGGAUGUUGAGGAAGCUGAGAAUGAGGAUGGGGCCUCGUUGAUCUCUUGAAUGGUUUUUACAGGUAUGAAAUUUCAUAUUUGUUUUAUAGACAGUGAAUUGUUUGCAUUAUUGCUAUGAUGGUGCAAAUUUUAUGAUCAUUUUAAAAACAGAAAUCUGCAUGCAUUGGCCUGCGAAGCACUGUGCUUGUAAAACUUAGGUACCUAUUUUAAAUCUUCAA